UGCAUGAGGGGCCCCUUAAAGAGAAGCGCCGAGCAAACGGCACGGACUUUCUCUAUUGAAGAAUCAGCGAGAUGAGGAACAGCGCCAACCCGGCAUCAUGCGCUCCAGGCUCCCGAGGACCGCCUGCCUAUUGCGAAUCAUUGCACUCUGCAUCCUUCUGUCGCACACUGCAGCUUAUUUUGGACUGACAGGUCGGGAACCUCUGGUGUUUUUACCAGCUCCGUUUUCCAAUGAAGCUCCAUCAGGAAAGGCCCACCUGAAGCAGUGCGAACAAAUGACUCUGACGAGGAGACAGAAGAGACUCUGUCGCAGGGAGCCGGGCUUAGCCGAGACGCUUCGGGAGUCGGUGCGCCUCAGCCUCCUUGAGUGUCGGUAUCAGUUCAGAAACGAACGCUGGAACUGCAGCCUGGAUGGUCGGGGAAGUCUUCUGAAAAGAGCUUUCAAGGAGACUGCAUUCCUGCUGGCUGUGUCCUCUGCAGCACUGACCCAUGCACUUGCCAAAGCAUGCAGCUCAGGUCGAAUGGAGAGGUGCACUUGUGACGAUUCCCCCGGGAUCCAGCAUCGGGAAGCGUGGCAGUGGGGGGUCUGUGGUGACAACCUGAAAUACAGCACCAAGUUUCUCAAAAAGUUCCUCGGCCAAAAGAGGGUCAGCAAGGACCUGAGGGCUCUGGUGGAUGCCCACAACAUCAACGUUGGAAUUCGGGCAGUGAAGAGCGGACUGAAAACAACCUGCAAGUGCCAUGGUGUCUCCGGCUCUUGUGCUGUACGGACUUGCUGGAAGCAGCUGUCUCCUUUUCACGACACUGGACGCCUGUUGAAGUAUCGAUACGACACUGCUGUGCGAGUGCUGAGCGUCACCAACGCAGCCACCGGGGAGACCGAACUCGCAAGCCCCCGUCGCCAAGGUCAGAGCCUCCGGACUACCGACCUGGUCUACCUGGAAGACUCCCCCAGCUUCUGCAGGCCCUCUCGCUACUCCCCUGGUACAGGUGGCCGUUCGUGCGCCAAAGACACAAGCUGUCAGAGUCUGUGCUGCGGACGUGGUUAUAACACAGCCAUGCGCCUCACCAGCCUGUCUUGCCACUGCCAGGUACGCUGGUGCUGCCACGUGGAGUGUCAGACAUGUGUGAGAGAGGAGGAGGUAUAUACCUGCAAAAAUGCAUAGCUGCAUGAUGAGAUAAAGACAUUUGCAAAGACCUGAAUAAAGAAUGAUCCUUUGAGUCAAUGGAAAAUGUGAUUUAAAAAAAAAUGAAUCACUGAUCAUGGACAGGACUGAACUGUAAUCUCCUAUAGACACUUAACACUAAGGGAUUGUGAACUGCAUGGAAUAUACAAAUGUAAUAAUAUUAUACUGCUGGUUAUAGUCACUAAAUUGAUAUGCAACAGCUUACUGUAGGUGAGGAUGUUUUCAAACUACCCUGCUUUUCUCUCGCUGGAUGCACUGAAAUCUCACUCUCCUGAGGAUGAGGAGGGAAAAUGCUCUUACAGCAGGUACUGGACCGGACUGGAAGACACCGGAUGCUGAAUCCUGUCUGCAAGGAAGCUCUAAAAGGGAUUUUGUUGUGUUGUAAUUGUCUCCCUCCAUUUCACUAUUUAUUGUGCCAGUUUUGUUGUACUGCUGCUUUAUAUUUUAAUUCUUGGAAUCAAUUGUUAUCAAUGAGGCUAAAAUAGCCUUUAAAGGAACCUACCUGUCUGACUUUCUGUCUGCUGUGGUGAACUUUUAGCUAAAGUUCAGUCCUGACUAAAAAGCACUUAAGUUGCUCUUGCUUCAUGAGAUCCUAUGUGCAUUAUGAAUUGUUUGUCUUUAGGUCUAAAUAUAUGAUUAGAAAGAAUCAUUGGAA